AUGGCUCUCCCUGGUUCAAGACCAAAGCUCCCCAUUUCCGUGGACAAACCCACGCCGUACACCUUCGAUCUAGGACUUCUUCUCGCCGAAGACCCCAACACCAUCACCCUCGACCACUCCUCUCUCGAACAGUCCCUCGCAGAAGUCGCCCGCGACGGUGCCCAAUCUCUCAUCAACCAACUCCUCACAACCUGUCCCAUCAGCUCAACUAAGGACGGCGUACUCCUUUCACUGCCCGCACCGUCGACCGCCCUGCCGCGCGAGAAGCCUGUCCCAGAAGCCAAGCCCAAGACCAAGUGGGAGCGCUUCGCCGAGAAGAAGGGCAUCAAGGCCAAGACUAGAGAACAGCGAAGAAACCUGGCAUAUGACGAGGAGAGCGGUGAAUGGAAGCGCAAGUGGGGUUACAAGGCACUUAACAAGAAGGGCGAAGAUGAUCCUAUUGUGGAAGUGGACAUGAAGAAGGAGAGGGAGAGAAAGGAAGGAACAAGCAUCAGAGGAGAUGGACGGAGAGAGAGAAAAGAGAGGAUUAAGCGCAACGAGAGGAAGAUGAGGAAGAAUGAGAAAGAUGCUAUGAAUGCUAGACGUAGUUGA